AACCGGUACUAGAAUGGUCAGUACUAAGAAGCCUCUCUUCUUUGAAAAGGAUUAUCAUUUGAUCAAAUUCUCUCUGUGGUUAUUCCUUUGGAUUAUGAAAUGUGGCUCAGGGUCUUCACAGCUUUCUUUGCCUUUGUAGCAAUGGAUUGUUCGGGGUUGAAGGUGAUGGUGCCGGCACAGACUGUCCAUGGCAUCAGGGGUCAAGCCCUCUACCUUCCUGUGCACUAUGGCUUCCACACUCCAGCAUCGGACAUCCAGAUCAUAUGGCUGUUUGAGAGGCCCCACACAAUGCCCAAAUACUUGCUGGGCUCUGUGAAUAAGUCUGUGGUUCCCGACUUGGAAUACCAACACAAGUUUACCAUGAUGCCACCCAAUGCAUCUCUGCUUAUCAACCCACUGCAGUUCACCGAUGAAGGCAAUUACAUUGUGAAGGUCAAUAUUCAGGGAAAUGGAACUCUAUCCUCAAGUCAGAAGAUACAAGUCACUGUAGAUGAUCCUGUCACAAAACCAGUGGUCUGGACUCACCCUUCCUCUGGGGCUGUGGAAUAUGUGGGGAACAUAACCCUGAUGUGCCAGGUGGAAGGGGGCACCCGAUUGGCUUACCAGUGGUUAAAGAAUGGGAAGCCUGUCUGCACCAGUUCCACCUAUUCCUUUUCUCCUCAAAACAACACACUUCAUAUUUCCCCAGUGACUAAGGAAGACAUUGGGAAUUACAGUUGCCUGGUGAAGAACCCUGUCAGUGAGAUGGAAAGUAACAUCAUUAUGCCCACCAUCUAUUAUGGACCUUAUGGACUUCAAGUUAAUUCUGAUAAAGGGCUAAAAGUAGGGGAAGUGUUUACUGUGGAUCUUGGAGAAGCCAUUCUAUUUGAUUGUUCUGCUGAUUCUUAUCCCCCCAACACCUACUCCUGGAUUMGGAGGACUGACAAUACAACAUAUGUCAUUAAGUAUGGGCCUCACUUGGAAGUUGCAUCUGAGAAAGUAGCCCAGAAGACAACUGACUAYGUAUGCUGUGCUUACAACAACAUAACUGGAAGGCGAGAUGAAACUCGUUUCACAGUCAUCAUCACUUCCACAGGACUAGAGAAACUUGCACAAAAAGGCAAAUCAUUGUCMCCUUUAGCAAGUAUAACUGGAAUAUCAUUAUUUUUGAUUAUAUCCAUGUGUCUUCUCUUCCUAUGGAAAAAAUAUCAACCCUACAAAGCUAUAAAACAGAAGCUAGAAGGCAGGCCAGAGACAGAAUACARGAGAGCGCAAACAUUUUCAGGCCAUGAAGAUGCUCUGGAUGACUUUGGAAUAUAUGAAUUUGUUGCUUUUCCAGAUGCCUCUGGUGUUCCCAGGAUGCCAAGUAGGUCUAUUCCAGCCUCCAAUGGUGUAUCAGGGCAAGAUUUGCAUAGUACAAUUUACGAAGUUAUUCAGCACAUCCCUGCCCAACAGCAAGAUCAUCCAGAGUGAGAUUUCAUGGGCAAAUCUGUACAUUGGAGUGAAAUAAUGAAAGGGCAUUUUGGAARAAACUGUGGAAAUAUAAAUUCAUCUGGAAUCAAUGAAGAACUCAAACUCAAUACCUUUUACUCAUUACUUCUUUCAAAUGCAUAUUAGAAGCAUUUAUACAAAUUGGACUGCAGAUUUUCCAGCACACAUACAAUGUUUUACACACUACAGAAAAGUGGGAAAAUAUUUCUCAAUAGGCAUUCUUAUCAUGACG